UGUGUUUUUGUUUUUCUUAGUUGACGCCGAUUGUCAAAUUGUCUCGAUUCUAACCUUUAUUUCUGUUAAACUAGAUUUCGGGACAAAGUGGUGACUGAUACCGCGAUUAUAAACACCUGGCGUUCAGCAAGAGCACGUCUGGAAAGACCAGGUUUAAAAACAUGUAUAUUAAUGUGAUGUUUUAUUCAACACCGAGUUUAUUGGUGCAGGAAAUGGAGUGAGACUGAAAACUGAAGCUCUUCUGUAAUAAACUGGAGACUCAGCAGAUGUUCUGUUCCUUCUGCACUGCACAUGUCAGAACGAGGAAAACUGCACAGGAUUCAAUAAAAACCUCCCGUCAUUACAGCGAUGCACCAGAAGGAGGCGCACGUGGUCCUGCACCUCAUAUUCAUCAUCAUCUAAAGCUCUUCCACAUGGCUGCAGGAUUCGACCCAUAAGACAAGAUCACAUGUGUGAGAUUCUAUGCCACACUCCGUCUAUUUACGAUUGGAUUCUGUGGAGUCUUUAAUCGACGUCCUUCCCUAUAUGUUUUAUCUCGGCCUCUUCUUUGUGAACGUCCUCAUCCUCUACUACGCCUUUCUGAUGGAGUACAUAGUGCUGAAUGUGGGGAUCGUGUUCCUGCCCGAGGACAUGGACCAAGCUUUGGUGGAUCUGGGCGUCCUCUCGGACCCGGCAUCCGUCCCGUACGAGACGGACACGGAGUUCGAUGUGCUUGAGGGAUAUCUGGAAUAGGUAGUAAGGACAGAACAUGGCUCGAGCUAUGAGCCAUACAUGUCAGGUCUGUGGUGAGAAGGCGGCAUUAUGGGUAAUACAGCCAAGGACUGGAGUGAUGUUGAUGAUGACGAUCGCUGUAGCUUUGAGAAAAUGGUGCCUUGGUUAAUAUAUAGCAGAGAUAGACAGCAGAAAAAAGUAAGCCAACAUAAGACCUUUAUAAUAAUAGUGACAUAUGAUGCACCCGAUUGUGUGAACUAAAGGAACAAGGAGCUGAACGCAGUCCCUGUCAUGCUGCUGUCUGAUUGUGUGUGUUCAUGCUGCUGUGUGUUGAUGUUGACACACACAAGGAAUUUGGUUCCAGCUGUUUGUGACUCUCAAAAGUACAGACAUAAAUAACACUAUACUCUAGAUUUAGCUUGUACUAUACAAGACAAUACAGACAGUAAAUAAUACAGUACUAUACAAUACAGACGAGUAAACAGUAAAAUAAUCACCGACGAGCUCCUCUUACUUCCCAAAAGUUGCCAUGUGUUUUAUUUCCCUUAUACACCAAACAAACAUAACUGUGUCUAUUUACUGUUACAUUUAAUGCCGUAGAACAUCCAGAAAACGAGUUACUCGUGAGUCAAAAUAUGUCAGUUUAGAUCUUUAUUUCUGUUUAAAAACACUGAGCCUGAAGAUUCCUUCCGUGCACGAUCACAGAAAACGUGACCAUUCACCACGUAUUAGAACGAGCGCAUUAAUAUCAUCGAGCUGCUGUUACAGAAAACUAAUCAGCACCUUCUGACCAAUCAGAAUCCAUAAGGUUGUCCAGGCUCGAGAACAGAUGACGUGAAAAUCUUCUCUUCGGAUGGAAUUUACUAACGGAUCGGAUCGACGUCAGACGCGGCUCUCUAAUCACAGAGCCGGCUUAGGUUUAGACUGAGGUGUUAUUAAAGCUGAUAUUCAUCUCAUUUUUCAUUACAGAAAUGAAUAAAGCACUUAACACGUUCAUGCUUUACGCCACAGAUGACUUCUGCAUGGUUUUGUUUUGUUUUGAAUCGUUCCUUUUGUAGAUUAGAUGACGGAGGUGAGCGAAACCUCUUCGAGACUGACGUGAUAUUCUCAGUAUUGUGCUGCUUCCGAAGAGUCUGACGAGCUGUUCGCUUGUGACACGCUGUAACUGGUGGAUUUCAGACACAUACAUAUAUAUAUAUAUAUUCUGUAUAUGUAUAUAUAAAUAUAUCUAUAUUUAAUAAAUAAUUAAUUUCACUUUA